CAACCAUCAGACUUUUUGAACACCUUGAUAAUCAACCUAUUAAUAAUUUAUCUGAUAAUACUAUUUACAACCUUAUUUUUGAUUUUCAAUAUCUAGCGAAUCCACCAAGCUAUCAGAAAGUAUCUGACACCUUUUUUCAAGCAUAUCAACAAUAUGAUCAUUUCAACGUGAAUCCUGACAACCCUCAAGAAGAAGCUGCUAAAAAUAAAAUUGAAGAAAUAGGAUCUGAAGGUGAAGACUUAAUAAACCUUGAGGAAGAGUCUGAUGGUUGCUUGAGAAUGAUUG